UAUGACAGCUAUAUACCCAAAGUGCGGCGAGCCAAGAUUGGAAAUAGGUCGCAAAAGAAACGGCUUGCGAGAAACGCGUCUGAAGAGGACGAUGAAAGCGGCCAAAGCGAUUGAGCGAUGUGACUCGAACUAUGUACUUUAGCAACAACAACAACACAAAACCAACAAUGAUACCCGAAGAGUGCAAAUCCCUUCUUGUACCCUUUAAGAAUUACAUAUCAUAAUACUAUGUACUUGCUACUAUUUUUACGGAAUUGCACGGAACAUUUUCAAAUGCAGCACACCCUUCUAAAAUUUAAUUUCUUUCCUCCCGCUUUCUUUUUAUUCUCUCUACACUUGCUAAUACACGACAAUGUUUCGCGCCUCAACCUCCUUAUUGCAACGUCAAGCAGCAGCAUGCCAGCGCGGCUUCCACAGCAGCACCGCCCACUUGAUAAAAAAGGGCGACUAUCUCCCCAGCAUUGUUGUCCAGCGCAAGUCGCCCGCCGAUACUGUGGACGUCCAAGAACUUUUCGGCAGUGUCAACAAGGCUAUUCUCUUUGGUGUCCCUGGCGCUUUCACUCCUGGUUGCUCCAAGACUCAUUUGCCCGGUUACAUUAAGCAAGCUGAACAGUUAAAGGCAGAAAAGGGCGUGGACCUGAUCGCAUGUGUCUCGGUCAAUGACGCGUUCGUCAUGAGCGCAUGGGCUGAUGCUACCAGUGCCGACGGUAAAGUCGAACUGUUGGCUGAUAGCAAGGGCGAGUUGGCCAAGGCUAUGGAUUUGGAUUUCGACGCUUCUGGUGCUUUGGGCGGCCAUCGUUUCAAGCGCUUCGCAGCUGUUCUCGAGCACGGUGUGGUCAAGGAGCUCUUUGUUGAGCAGGACAAGACUGGCUUGAAUGUCAGCUUGGUGGAGAACGUUGAGAAGCAUUUGUAAAAGUAGAAUAAUUCGUAUACAAAGCACAAGAUACAAACACAAUAAACUGUGAGUCGGUGCCAUGCAAUUAAUGAGGACGGAUAAAAGAAGGAAACAAAAGACAGAGCAGCGCAAAUUGUGAUUGAGC